AUGCCGCCCCGUAGGAAGGCGCGAGCUACGGCCGCAAAAGAUGCUGACUUUGCUGACUUGCGACGUGAGAACGACGAGGUUCGCCGCGACAAUGAUGACCUAAGGCACCAGAUGGAGGUCUUAACCCAACGAAUGGAUGAAGUCGUACAGAUGCAACGCCAGUAUGACGACGUUACCAUCGUCGACGAGAACCCUUUCGCGAGAUUGCGGAAUCAUUCGCCUGAACGCCCUAAUCACAUGUGGGAGCAGGGCUUUCAAGUGGAAACUCCCCAGUUUGAUGGUAGUUUGAAACCGGAAGAAUUCAUAGAUUAG